AUGUUUCCUGAGUCUUGUAAAAAUCGAUCGAUAGGGUCAAUCAAUUAAUCUUGUCAUGAAUCUCAUCGUCCAAGACACCAUCUAGUCAAUUCAAUUGGCUUUUUGUCUAAGCAUGAGUCAAGACACUCGUAUUAUGAUAAGGAGGAUCAAUAAGAUCAAUUAUUAAAAAUGAAACAAGAGCUCAAUUAAUUAAGAUUGGAAAAUAUUUAAUUAAAGUCUUAGAAUAUCUAUUUUCAAAAAGAUGUUGAAAGCUUUCACUAGCAGUUAUCAGAUGAUGAUAUAUAAGUGAAAACUGUUCGAAACAAUUAGAAAUUCAAACAUUUACUUAAAUUACUAUAGAAUAAAGAAGUUGAGAUAGAAGGAUUAAAAAAAAAAUUGAAAAUGGAUGAGAUCGUGAAUUAUUAGAAAAAAAUAGCUGAACUGUAAAAUAUGAUUGAACUUCAAAAAGAAAAAUUAUUGGGCAAUCAAAGAAAUAUGUUAACCCCACAAUUUGCCAUUCUUGAAGAAUUAGAAUAAGAUAAUAUUAAACUAGUUUAGAUAGUGUCAGGUUUAGAGGAGAAACUAAAAGAUUAUGACUAAAUGAAAAAGCAUAUCGUAACAUAAUAAGUCAAAAUUUAGUAAUAAAAAUAACUCAUUAAUGAAUUGUAAAAAGAGAUUAGAUAAUACAAGGAAAGAGAUUUAUUGUUUGCAGUUAAACACAAUCAAAAGAGUAAAUAAGAUUAAUAAAUUAAGAAAUUACUUUCGGAUAUUCAUAAAUUGAGUUCCAAGAGAUAGGAAGAUGAAAUUUAUAUAGAAUAAUUAAUAGAGAGACAUAAAUAAGAAAUUAAAAUAUAUGAUAGAAGAAUUAUAGAGAAGGAUGAUGAAAUGUAAUUGUUGUAAGAGAGAUGUGAAUCAUUAUGCAAAGCUUUAUAGGAGGAGCACAUUUAAAAAGCUAAACUUAAAAAGAAUGAGAAAUCAAACUCGAUUAUCAAACCUUCUAUGUUUUCAUAGAAUUAAAUUGUUGGUCGAGGUUCUGGAGAUUUCUCACUAAUUACAUCUUAAAGAUCUUUAAGCGGUAUUGGGAAAUCUAAAUAUUCGAAAAUUAACAAACAAGAUCUUUGUUAAAUAGUGAAGAUUAUCAAAUUUUCUAUGAUUAUAAAUAAAGUUGCUUUCGAUGAAUUAGAUGCUUAUUUGUUUAAAAAUUAAUAAGAAACUACUUUAGAAGAGCUUAAAGAUUCUUUGUAAUAAUAAAUUUUCAGUUUAACUAAGGAACAAGCUUGCACUUUGGCAAAUUAUUUAUUUGAUUAAGAAGAUGAAAUUAAUUUAGACAAGCCAUAAAAUAAUUCUAGGAUAAGAAGCAUUUUAAAGACAUUAUUAGAUAAUUUUCGAUUGCCUAACAAAUAAGUUUUUGAUGAAAUCCAGACAAAUUUGAAUGCGAAUAAUCUUGAAAUGAUUUGUAAUCAAAUUUAAUCUAAAUUUUAAAGUCCUAGAAAUAAACAUAAUGUGAAUGACUUGUUUGAACUAUUUUAAGAAAAUGGCAUAAAAUUUUCAAAAGCAUCUCUUGAUUAUAUAGAAUCCUAAUUCUAUAAAUUGAAUAGGCAACUAAGUGUUUUUGAAAUAGAUUAAUUACAACAAUUGAUUGAUAGUAUUAAUAAUUGA